AUGUCCAACCGAAGCACCGUGACCGAGUUCCUGCUCCUGGGCUUCUCUGACGUCCGGGAGCUGCAGAUUUUGCACUUUGUGCUGUUCCUGGUACUUUACCUGGCAACCCUGAUGGGGAAUCUUCUCACCAUCUCAGCCAUCGUCCUUGACCAUCGUCUCCACACCCCCAUGUAUUUCUUCCUGGGGAACUUGUCCAUAACAGACCUCGGCUCCAUCUCCGUCAUCGUCCCCAAAUCCAUGGCCAACUCUCUGCUGGACACCCAGUUAAUUUCCUAUCCUGUGUGUGUCGCCCAAGUCUUUUUCUUUGUAGUCUUCCUUGAAGCUGAUUUUGUCUUCCUGACCAUCAUGGCCUAUGACCGAUACAUCGCCAUCUGUCAACCGCUGCACUAUGAGAGAGUGAUGAACAGGAGAGCUUGUGUUAACAUGGCAGGCACUGCCUGGAUCACAGGUAUUGUCUACUCUGCCCUGCACACCGGGAACACCUUCAGGUUACCCUUCUGCCAGGCCAACAUCGUCAACCAGUUCUUCUGUGAAAUCCCCCAGCUCCUCAAGCUGGCCUGCUCCGACUCGGACCUCAGUGAAGUUGGGCUUCUUGCCAUUAGUCUGUUUUUAGCUGUGUGUUGCUUUGUUUUUAUCAUUGUGUCUUAUGUUCAGAUCUUCAAAGCUGUGCUGAGCAUGGCCUCGGAGCAGGGUCGGCACAAAGCCUUCUCCACCUGCCUCCCCCACCUCGCUGUGGUCUCCUUGUUACUUUUCACUUCCAUGUUUAAUUAUCUGAAAUCCACCCCCAGCUCAGGAUCAAGUCUGGAUCUGGCGGUGGGUGUUCUGUACUCCGUGGUGCCUGCCAUGAUGAAUCCAGUCAUCUACAGCAUGAGGAACAGGGAGCUCAAAGCUGCAUUAAAGAAACUAUGUGGAGGUUAUUCAUCAACAAUUACAGUGUCUGUCAUUGUGCCUUGA